CUCCCUCCCUCCUUCCUUCCCGCCCGCCUUCUCUCGCCCAGCCCCGCCGCCCGAGCGAAGCGCAACUUUCUUCGCCCCGGCGCGGCGUCGGAUCCGCGCGCUCUCCCGCCAACGGGGCUUCCCCUCCUCUGCUCCCCGACGCCCCUCGACGCCCCUCUUUUCCGCCCUCCUUCCCACCCACCCCACUUCCUCCCCGCCUCCUCCUUUGGAUCUUCGCGGGUCUCGCCGCGCUCCCGCUGCCCCCUCUCCCCAAUUUGAGGAGGGCGCCUCCCCCACAACACUUUCCUCUCCGGGCGCCCCCUCCAACCUAUGACCGGCUAAACACCUGGCGGCUACUUUCUCCCCGCUUAUCCCAUCUCCUCCGGGGGUUCCGCCCCCCAUCCCUAUUUGCGCCCCCUCUGUUCCCUCCUCGCAGCCCCUCGGAGUUUGCCCGCCCCUUCCAGCCCCCCAACUUCUGCCCCCUCGGCCGGCGUUGCUGCUGCUGCUGCUGCUGCGGCCGCUUGUCCCUCCGCGCCGCGCCCGGCCCCGCUGCCCUCCUCCUCCGGGACUGAUGAAGGCGGCCGGCGGCUCCGAGGGGGCGGACGGCGACGGGGCGGACGGCGAGCGGGAGCCGUUGAACCCCGAGGCCUCGGAGACGCUGGGCGUCUCGGCCACGUACCGCGAGUUCGUCCGUCGGAGCUACCUGGAGCUCAUGAGCGCCAACCAGCACUCGCUGCAUGCGCUCAACUGGCGCCGCCUCUACCUCAGCCGGGCCAAGCUCAAGGCGUCCAGCCGCACCUCGGCGCUGCUCUCCGGCUUCGCCAUGGUGGCCAUGGUCGAGGUGCAACUGGAGGAUUACGACUACCCCCGGGAGCUGCUGGUGGCGUUCAGCGCCUGCACGACGGUGCUGGUGGCAGUCCACCUCUUUGCCCUCAUGGUCAGCACCUGCAUCCUGCCCAACAUCGAGGCUGUCAGCAAUAUCCACAACCUCAACUCAGUCAACGAGUCCCCCCACGAGCGCAUGCACCGCUACAUCGAGCUGGCCUGGGGCUUCUCCACAGCCCUGGGGAUCUUCCUCUUCCUCACUGAGGUGGUGCUGAUUUGCUGGGUCAAGUUCCUGCCCGUUGGAAGCGCUGCCUCCGCUCGGAAGUGCUGCGUCCCCGCGCCAGCCCCUUCCGGCGGCAACUCCACUGCCCCGGCCCCGACUUCGGCCUCUCCGGACAACUCCGGGUGGAACGCCGCCAUGGCUUCCACCAUCAUUAUGGUCCCGGUGGGCGUGGUCUUCAUCAUCUUCGCUUUGCAUUUCUACCGCUCGCUAGUGGGACACAAAACGGACCGGCACCAGCAGGAGCUGGAGGAACUCAACCAGAUCAAGUACCAGCUCGAUGGAGAAGCCACGGCGCUGCAAGUGGUGUGAAGCUUGUUGGCCUGGCUCCUGGGACGGUUGUUAUUUCCAGGAGAGGAGGGACUGCCUUGCAGAUGUCCCGAUUACCGACUCGGUUGAGGGGACCGCGAAGUCGCUGGUACAGUUGGAACUUUAUCAAAAGUGGCUGUGACCUCUCCUCUUUCUAUUUCUAUUUUUUGCUUUUUUGGAAGGUGUUCCUUCCGCCCGCAACCUUUAUAACAAAAUUAUUUCAUGUCCCCUGGAAAAAAUAAAAAGGAAAAGGGUAUAUGAAACGCAGAAGGAUUUCUUGAAAUGGAAAAGGAGCCGCAAACUUGAAUUCCCUGCCCAAAUUCCCGCUGCCCGAUGGAGUUUCCGGGAUGCACUGAAAUGUUUACCGAACGUGGCCUUGGAGUAAAGAGACGGCACUUUCCCCCUGGGAGAAGGGUGGCGGCUUUGCUUAUUUGGUUGCGGUUUGUUUUCUUGUGGCUUUGUUCGCUCUUGCAGUCCCCCUCAAAACCAGAGAGAGAGAAAGGUGUCACUCAAACAAGCUGGGAUUUUAAAAAAAUGGGUAGGCGGGUCUGAGUGAAUCAACCUGCCUUGCCAUUUGUCUUCCUCCUCACUCCAGGAAGAAUAUCUCUAUGGCUGGGAUGGAGAACCUCUGGCCCUGGGUUCAAGUCCACAGCUCUCUUUCUGGCCCCCAGGGGGCUCUCUGUAGGCCACUCCCCCUGUUCCCAGGCCACAUUCCUCAUUGGUUCUGCUUCCCGUCUUCCUUGAGUGUUUUUGCCUGGCUGGAAUGUGCCCUUGAAAUCUGACGACGAUUCUUCCUUUCCUGGGCAGAGAGGGCUUAAUGUGAGUGCAUGGACUUUGCGAAGGUAGAAAUUCACAGUCUGCCCACUUUUGCCCCACGUACCACUAGCAUGUAGGCCCCAGAAAGUUGGCUAGAUGGGAAUGCAACUGCAGAAACAGCGAAAUUAUUUUAGCCCACUAGUUGAUGUUCCCUGUAAGACCUCUAAACUCAAGGAACCAAUCUCUGGCUGUUGGCCAUGCUGGCUGGCAGUCCUGAUAAGAGUUGGGAGCCCAAUAACAUUGGGGCAGCCACCUGUUUUCCAGCCCUGGCCAGACAGUUGGUUGCCACUGCUAGCCGUCCUGUUGUUUUCCAUUAGCACCACUGCAGGCUGUGUGCCUCUGAACUGGCUGGCCAAGGGCUGGACCAGCUCUGGAAGUGGGGGUUGCUAAGCAAUGGCAACAUCUUCCCUUCCUCCCAGUGCUGGCAAGAAAGCUAGGUGUGGGAUGCAGCCUAAUGGCAGCAGUGAGGCACCCGGCUCUUGAGGUCAGAGAAAGGAUGUGGGCAGUUUUAGCAGAGGGGUGUGUGUUUUGUGCGCACGUGAAAGAAACACACACACACUCCCCCCACACAAAUGCACUCUGUCCCUGGUCCCAGGCAGCAGUUUCUAGAGAAACCCUGUCUUUCCAGAUAUCGAGCAAGGGAAUGUUUUCAAGAUGACUCAUUCCCUUGGGUGGUGUUGAAGACUGGUUCUUUUUCUCUAUAGAAGGACAGUUCAUCCUCAGCUGCUGGGCUUGAAGGGAAAUGGUAUAUUUUUGUUGGACAAGGAGGAAGCGGACGACUUGAAGGAAUAUCUGGAGCUGAACCACCCACAGCUGCUGGUGUUCUUUUUUCCGCUUCUUUUUUUUAGGGGGGGGGUUAUCCGUUCUGUUCCUACAAAACACCCCUUGCGUACAAGCAGACAGAUCAGCGCUUUGUGUGUGAACUGUACAUCACGAGACCCCCACAGCAGAUUAUUUAUGUGGCCCCGAAUCACAAAGUUAUCUGAAUCCUUGCGAUGGGAGCUUGUGGCCAAGGUGUUGAGCAAUCUCCUGUUCCCACAGACAUCCUGCUCCACCCAGCCUAGCCUGCAAUCUUCAGAGGCCUGCUAUUAUAAUUUGGGGUGGUAGUUAAAACCUGACUUUGGUGACCCCCCCCCCCCAGUGUCAGGCCCAGCUCUGCAACUUUUCCCAGCAAGUUUUGAAAAACUUGGUGGCAACCCCUGAGUUGGCCCACAUGUGCCUUGAGUUCUCUUUGCUGGACCAGGCUAGAGGUUAGGUCUCCAACGUGGUGCCCUCAUACGCCCCCUUUGCCCAAGACCUGCCUUUCCCAGUUUUUAAAAUGAGGAUUUUGCGGAGGCCUUUUUUGUUGCUAUUUGGUUGUGGGGGUGCCUUUU